AUGGAUUUGGACUCCCUUAACUAUUUCCUUGGUAUUGAGGUAUUGCAUGUUACUUAUGGGGUUCUCCUGCAUCAAAGGAAGUUCAUCCUUGAUCUUUUGGCUGAGUUUCAUUCCUCUGAAUGUUCCCAUGUUACUUGUCCACAUGUGCUGAAUGUCAAGUUGAAAGCUGGGGUUGGUGAUCCCCUUCCUAAACCUGAAGAGUAUAGAAGCCUGCACCUUAGCCAGUUUAUGCAGCAACUUUGUGUGCCUUACAUGAAGGAUGCUUUGCAUUUGCUCAAAUAUCUGCGGGGUACCUCUGAAUUUGGUAUUUUCUUUUAUCAUUCUCCUGAUUUAUCUUUACAAGUUUACUGUGAUAGUGACUGGGGCUCAUGUCCUGAUAGUCGAAGGUCUAUUUCUGGUUUCUGA